AUGCACGUGAGCCUGACCUUUGCCUUGUUUCUGCUCCUGAGUGUGUGUACUGACACGGCAGUGGGAGGCAGAGCCCAGCGCAGACAAAGACAAGCUGAGGACAGCCUGAGACCAUAUAUUGGCAGAGUUGAACCAGAAAAGCUUUGUGCUCUCCUGAAGUGCCGCAGUCCGGUGGGAUCUUGGUGCCAAGUAGUUGAAGAAAAUGGAGUCUUGGUUCCGAAAUGUGUUUGCCCACGGUCUUGUCCACGGCAGAGGGCACCAGUGUGCAGUGUUCUGGGAAAGACCUACGGGAACGAGUGUUUGCUGCAUAAAGAAGCCUGCAGGAAGAGACGCCGCACAGGACUGGCUCACACCGGACCCUGUCUCACUCCCAAGGCUAAUUGCACCCAGGAGGAGUUAGGCCAGUUUCCAUACCGUCUCUUGGACUGGUUUCUGCUUCUAAGUCGUAUGGGAGAGUCCUACACACCUGCUGCCCCCCCACAGAGCUGCCUCAGUCAUGCCCAGAGGACACGACUAGCACAGCAAAGAUUUGCCUUGUUGGACAGGAACAAAGAUGGGAAGUUGAGCCGCAGAGACCUGAAGAAGCUGCGUUAUAAGAAGAUGCCUCUGGAACACUGUGCUACUUCAUUCUUUCAGUCAUGUGACAAGAACAGGAACAGGAAGGUGACCCUGAGAGAGUGGACCUCCUGCCUGGUAGAUCACUCCGAGGCCUGGUUCUACCAGUUUAUGUCAGUGAGAAUGGGCUCCCACAAGUUGUGCCCUACAAUCAAAGACAGCAACCUUUAACCUGAAAACUGUGCGGUAAUGUCUUUGUUGUACAAAACUUCCAAAAGACAGUCCACUAUGAUCAGUGUAGGUGCAGGGUGACAUUGCUCCACAGUGUUCAUUCACCUGUUUCAGCAGCUUUGCACCGUGUAAUAAUAUGUCAGUGACUUAUCACAUCAUCAAAUGUGAAGCAUGAAUGCAGAGACAUUAAUUUUCUGGUUGUCUGUCCAUUCAUGCAUGUCCAUAAAUGGUAUAAAUACAUCUGGAAUUUUAUUUGUACAAUUUAUAAUAUUAAAUUAGCACAUUACAUUGCAUGCUGUAAGUAAAUUAAAACAGCGGCAGCAGUGUACUUUGACAUUGUGAUGUGUAAAAAUGGGAAAUAAAGAUAGGGGGUAAAGGAAUGUUUAGUGUGCAAUGAUGUGACGGGAGAAGAGACAAAGAGAUAAUAAAGGGGGAGAAGGGGAGAAGAAGAGAAAUGUGUCAUAAUGCACUCGAGGAGAGGAAGGGAAAAAGGAAGCAAAGUGAGUGAAAGAAGGAGAGAGAAGUACAAAGUGAGUUUGUGAAAGAUGGGAGGAGGUAAUGCACUGUAAAUGGGAGUUGAGAGUAAUGGAGUAAUGCAUA